UUGAGGGGAGGAAUUCUUGGAAAGUUUUCAAAGUUUGUGGGACCUUCGUGCGAAGAAAACUUCUGGACCCUCCGCUUGGAAUAACGGAGACAAGAGUGUGUAAAGUGGCCGGGAGUGGAGACUGGGGACUGCUGGAGUGACAGGGGAGCUGGAGCCCGUGAGAAAAAGAGGUAGAGACACAGCCAAAGUCCCGGGGUAAGAGGCGAGCCAGAGCCCCCGCUCCCCCCCCCCACCAUGUCCAAGUGCAAGGAGGACGGGAGUUAUACUCCAACUGCAGCGAUCGUGAGGAUUCCGGACAGUGAAGAUGCCUGUGAUUCAGAGCCCGAGGUCGCAGGUGGUGGUCGAGAUCGUAGAGCCCCCCGAGGCAGGAGGAUGUUGAUCUUCCUGGACAUGAUCUGCAUUAUACUGGCUUCCCUGCCCUUCUUCAUGGUGGAGUUCAACGCUGUCAAACCAUAUCGUCGUGGCUUCUACUGCAAUGAUGAGAGCAUCAGUUACCCACACAAGGAAGAGGAGACCAUCAGUGACCCUGUGCUGUGCAUUGCCGGCAUCUUAAUCACAGUCGUUGCUAUUGCCUUUGGUGAAAGCUAUCGAGUCCGAUUCUUGAAUGAGAAAACAAAGUCAUUUGUCUCGAACCCCUACGUAUCUGUGAUAUACAAGCAGGUUGGCUGCUUCCUCUUUGGCUGUGCAGUUAGCCAGUCCCUCACCGAUUUGGCGAAGGUUGCUGUUGGGAGGCUGAGGCCCCACUUCUUGGAUGUCUGCCAACCGGAUUUCUCAAAAAUUAACUGCUCCAAAGGAUAUGUUGAGGAGUACGUUUGCAAUGUGAAACUUUCAGCAGAAACAGAAGCUCGGAAAUCUUUUUACUCUGGACACGCCUCCUUUGCAAUGUACACCCUGCUCUAUCUGGCGUUUUAUCUGGAAGCUCGGUUUACCUGGAAGGGGGCACGAUUGCUGAGACCACUUCUCCAGUCACUGUUAAUCAUGAUGGCAUUUUACACCGGACUCUCUCGUGUGUCCGACUAUAGGCACCAUCCGACAGAUGUCCUGGUGGGAUUACUGCAGGGAGCAUUAAUCGCCUAUUGGAUCGCGUUCCACAUCUCAGACAUGUUUAAAUCAAAGAGAAAGACGGCAAAAGAAUCAAACAUCUGUGUAGACAAUUCCAUACAGACCAAUCACACAACAUGUUAGCAGGACAAGUGCCAGAAGCAUCAGAAGGAUGUUGGGGAGGCAGCACAAACCAUCCUGCACCAGAAGUGUAUUAAGAAGCCAGUGCUGAAAGACAACUUUCCAUUUCUUUUUUAAUCUCCAGAACAUUCUCCAAGCACGGCUUCAUUCCGAUUUUUUUUCUUCAGGCGAGUCCCUGAUGCCAUGUUCACCGGAAGCUUGGUGAUCAUCAUUUGGAAUUUUCCGUGGUAGCUUUGAGUACUUCUUUCAGUUACAGUUUCUACUCCAGAGACUAAUGGAUUUUGAACCCGUUAAUCCGUCGCCAUUUGCCUAUUUUCUCUAACAGCCCUUAAGUGCCUGAUACCAUAGAUACUAGCACGACAUGGACACUCUGAACAAUGCACACACACUCUCACUCUCACUCUCACUCUCACUCUCACUCUCACUCUCACUCUCACUCUCACACUCACACUCACACUCACACUCACACUCACACUCACACUCACACUCACACUCUCACACACACACUCACACUCACACUCACACACACACUCACACACUCACACAGACACACACACUCUUAAUGCUGUGAGCAAUAAUGUAUUCUAUAUUUGUAAUGAUAAAUUAAUAUUAUGAGUCACAUUAUGCUGAGCCUUUUAUGAGUGUAUCAUUGUGACUGAAGAAUCUACAAUUAAGAUAUUUACCAGUUAUUCAGUAUACAGCUAAAACAAGCUAAUUUCUUUCCAAAGUAAUUACCUAGUUUUAUUAUAUCUGUAACUCAUGGGGUUUAAACCAGGGGGUUGGAGUUAGACUGAUAUAUUUUGCUAAUGGGUCCUGUUCACUUUUGAAGUCUAGAACUGAUAUGUUACUCACUUGAACCAGUGGGUGGUAAGAAAAGUAAUUCUAUUUCCAGACUUUUUAAUGCAGUAUAAAGCUAGGUUGACAAUCAAUGGCAUUGAAGGAUAUUGUGAGAAAGACAUGACAUUGGACAGAAUGAAAAGUUAAGAACGUUGAAGAUAGUGAUGACCCUACCUCUGGUGUCCAGUCAUCCGAUUGGUCAUGUACAAAGUUUUGAGGCAUCAGUUCAGAUGUAUUUGAAAUCAAGUGCCCGAAAGGAGUAGGUAAACUGAUUGGGAGAAGGAGCAAAAAAAAGGUUAAAAUAAACCAUUGAGCAUGUUCGUUGAGUCGGCUGACCAGAGGCAAAAUGAGCUAGACUCGAAUGGAUUCAAACAAAUCACCUGAAAUGGCAGAAAAGAGAGAUCAGAGCUAUGAAAGACAUGAUGGAAGGCUGAUAUUAAGCAACACUGACAGAAAGUUGCAUGCAACAUACUGAAUAGAGAUGGAGGAAACUUGAGUGAGUUUAAAAUCCUAUAUCAGUGAGCUAUUGUGCAUUAAACAGAAGAUGGUUUAGACCCAUGAGAAAUAUCUGCUACUGUCUGUUUUUGGCUCAUCUAUUCUGGUAAGAAGGCAGAUGAGUGGUCUGCUGGGGAUGCAUCUGUUUUGUCAGAAAGCAAAUUAAGUGCUCAAAGGGGCCUAAUCCAACUUUACAUUGAACUCAGUACAGUUUAAUUUGAUAUGCAUUUAGUUGACUUGUUUAUAACAUUUUAGGAUUAAGUUUCUUAAUUCAGUGAUUUUAAUUUGAAAUAACUAAACCACAUGAUCUCCGUUUUGGUAACAUCUCAUCACAACGAAUUGACAAUCUGUGCAAAGUGCAAUAGAAAAUCCAAUCUUGUCUAUUAUGCAGUAUAAAGGGACUACUGAGGAUUGGAAAUUGGUGUUUAAUUGAGAGUCUUCAAAUGUGAGAGGAAGGAAUAGUGGCGGAAUCAGGAGACAGCAUGAGCACCAGGACUUUAGCGAAGGGCAGAAAGAGAGGUGAGCAGAGAGACUGCAGCCUGCAACUGAGAAGAGUCAAGCUGAGGGCAGAUAGCAGUUACUGAAUGUUUAUAACCAUGAGAGACCAUCGGACAUGGGUCUAUUCUGUUGGCUGAUCAGGAAGAUGGGUAAUUGGAACAUUGUCAGUUCAAUUCCACUGUUAUUUAUUCAAUUCAAGUCAAAAAGUUGAGAUCCACAUUUUAAUCCCAAUAGUUUUAUAUUUUACUUUUUAAUAAACAAGUAUAUAAUGCUAAGUUGAAUAACUUGCUAGAUCUGUUUAACUUGCCUGUUUUAUUUCCAUUUUUAACCAUGGAUUUUUUUAGCAUACUCUUUAUUCCAAAGUGAUAUCUUACCCUUCCUUGAGGUAUUUGCCUGAACCGAAUAGCAUUAAACCACUGUCAAUCUUGUUCUCUGAGAAAUUCGUAGCCGCAGUGUGUUGUUUCAGAAAUACCAUGCAGAACGUGAAACAUCAUGGCACAAUUGCACUGAACACCAGCAUUAACCUCUGUAGUAUUGCUGUUACUCUGUGUAAUUUCACUGCCCUGCUGUACCCUAUUUGUUAAGAGCAUUAUGAAAUAUUUAUCAUGAUAGAUGUUACUGAGCUUAAUCUAGUGUUAAGUUGAGGAUUCGGAAUAUUCCAAGCCUCCGGGAAUUUUCUAUUCAUGUCACACGCCCUGUUGCAUUGCAAAUCUCAAGGACAAAGUGACAUUUUCUUCUGUGAAGCUGAACUUGGAAGAGUGCCUUGAUAAAACUUGGCAUGGAGGGAGGGGGGUUGUGGAGAAAUCUCCUUCAGCCCAGUAGAAAACUGAGAAUAAAAUUCAAGCUGAACUGAAACAUUCUGUUUUCUAUUCUGUGUCAUGACCAUUCAUCCCAGCUGCAGUUUCUACUGCACUCGUGUCAUUGCUGUGCGAAUAGGGAUUAAGUAUUUCUUAAAAUAGAUUUGAGCCAUUUGUAUAACAUCAUUAUUGAUCUUUUCAACAUCUGCACACCGGUGAAGAAAAAUUAAUUUGCGUUUAGUUAGCACCUUAUUGUCAGGACAUCCCAAAACACUUUAAAACCGUUGCAUCACUUUUGAAGUACGGUUACUUUCCAAGCAGUGAAUUUGUGCAAGGCCCAGUAAACAUCAGUGUUUGAAUUUGCAUGAACAUAGUGUUUAGUAAAUCUUUAUUAACAUAGGUUCAAUGUCAUUGCACACAAUGACCAGAAGAAUAUUUCUCUUCAUGUUGCUUAACCCUAGCUUUGAACGUCUCAUUUGUAGUGUAAUAUUUAGUACCUAAUUCUAAUGCCAUCAUGGACAGUUUGUGUCCCAAUAAGAACUCGAUUAAGACAAAUUCCAGACUUAUUUCACUUGGGACCCUUCCAACCCAGAGGAGAGAGAUUUUCAUCCCAUCAGUCUCAGCUGGGUUUGAACAAAGGACCCAGAAAUGAAAAGGCUGUCUUAUUUGUAAAUCAUUGCAGUAUUUGGCCACCCAAGUCUUGAAUUCUAUAAAUGUCUGCUGGUGUUGUGGAAAUGGCCUGAUUGUGAAUUGCUUCUUUGUGCUGCUAUAACCCAUAUUUUUAUCAGACAACUUUUGUAGACACCUUAAUAGCCUUGCCAAAGGGCUUUGGUGUGUAUUAUGAAUUGUGAGUAUAAUGUGUGAGAAACCUCAAAAUAUAUGUGUAUAAAAUUUUUAUUGUAAAUAAAAGUUAAUUCCUUUUUCAAUUUUA